UGGUCCAAGCUGACCUUUGAAGCCUUCUGGUAGACUGGUACUAAUCUCCCAGUGUCUGAGUGAGUGUGGUAGCGCUUACUCAGGUAGCGUUGAGUGGCUAUCAAAGCAUCACGGUGAACACAAGCCAAAGCUUUGUAGCAGCUAUGUCGCAUGACGCCCGGUGUAGUAACACCUUGGUGUUUUUUGUCAAUGGAGCGAAGGUGGAGGAUGCGGAUGUUGACCCUGAGUGUUCCCUGCUGGUCUACCUUCGAACUAAAUUACGGUUGUGUGGCACGAAACUUGGAUGUGGCGAGGGCGGCUGCGGGGCCUGCACGGUGAUGCUAUCCAAGUAUAACCGUGAUGAAGAUAAAGUAAAGCAUUACUCUGUGAACGCAUGCCUUACCCCUGUGGCUUCCCUGCACGGCAUGGCGGUCACCACGGUGGAGGGCAUCGGCUCAACCAAGACGGGCCUUCACGCUGUGCAGGAGCGUCUGGCCAAGGCCCAUGGCUCGCAGUGUGGUUUCUGCACACCUGGCAUCGUCAUGUCCAUGUAUACCCUGCUAAGGAACAACCCGCACCCCACCAUGGCCCAGCUCGACGAGUAUUUCACGGGGAACUUAUGUCGGUGCACGGGUUACCGGCCAAUCCUGGACGGCUAUCGCUCACUAACUACCUCUGCUGGUCCUACUACAUGCGGCAAGGCGAACUGCUGCAUGCUCAAUGGCGGCGGCUGUGGAAACAUGAACGGACAAGUGAACGGAGGAACGGAGGAACUUGACGGUGAACUAGAUCAACCUGGCCACCAUCUGUACCAAACAAAUGGAAUGCGGCCUUACGAUCCCAGCCAGGAGAUCAUCUUCCCACCUGAGCUUAAGGUUCGAAAUGAUCUAGAGCGGGAGAGCCUUGAGUUCAAAGGUCCUCGCGUUGUGUUCCACCGCCCAGCGACCCUCGAGCAGCUCCUCCAUCUGAAAGACCUUCAUCCUACCGCCAAGAUCAUUGGUGGCAAUACUGAAGUUGGAGUGGAGGUGCAGUAUAAAAAUCAGCUAUAUCCGGUGCUGAUCAACCCAAUCAAUGUGGCGGAACUCACCAGCAUUGAAGAAACCUCCACGGCGAUGGUGUUUGGAGCAGCUGUCACUCUUACGGCUUUGGAGGAGGCGCUCAGGGAUCAGGUUACCUUGAAACACGAAAGCAGGACUCGAGUCUUUGCUGCCAUCAUUGAAAUGCUUCGCUGGUUCGCCGGGAAGCAGAUCAGGAACGCAGCAGCUAUUGGUGGCAACGUCAUGACUGCCUCGCCAAUCAGUGAUCUCAACCCUCUUUUGAUGGCAGCUGGCGCCAUUCUAACGCUGCGCUCCAAAAAUGGAGGGGAGCGUCAGGUGACUUUGGACCACACCUUCUUCACGGGCUACAGGAGGACGAUCGUUCUACCACAGGAAGUACUGAUAAACAUUAACAUUCCCUUCACCCAGCAGAACGAGUACUUCUUCGGCUACAAACAAGCACGGAGGCGGGAGGACGACAUCGCUAUUGUGAACGCUGGCUGCAAGGUUGUGUUUCGCCCAGAUUCCAUCGAGGUUCUCAAGCUUGAUCUGGCCUUCGGCGGGAUGGCUCCUACCACCGUUAUGGCACUUGGCACCAUGAAGGAGCUGGUUGGCCGCAAGUGGGAUGCAUCUCUGUUGGAGGAUGGUACGUCACAGCUGGCAUGUGAUCUACCGCUUGCCUUCUCCGCGCCAGGAGGCAUGGUGGAGUAUCGCAGGGCUCUCACCCUCAGCUUUUUCUUCAAAUUUUACCUGAGCGUGCGAGGACAACUGAGUCAAAGUCUACCGCAGCUGGUGGCGCCUCUCACGCAGGACGAGCAGCUCGUCGUGACUCCCCACCAGUACACGGAGCCUGCUAGCAGCCAGGUCUUCCAAAGGGUGAGCCCCGAGCAAAGUAAGACAGACCCAAUCGGGCGGCCCAUAGUGCACACAUCGGCCUUCAAACAGGUCACUGGAGAGGCUGUCUACGUUGACGACAUACCGCCCUUCGCCAACGAGCUCUACGCUGCAUUUGUUAUUUCGUCACACGCUAACGCAAAAAUUCUUGGUAUAGAUGAAUCUGAAGCCCUUAAGAUAGAAGGAGUGGAGAGAUUCAUCUGUGCUCGCGAUCUCUCAGAGGAGCGGAAUCAACGAAAUGAUCAUGAGGUGUUUGCAUCGAAGAUGGUGGACUGCAUAGGACAAAUAGUAGGGAUAGUGGUGGCAAAGGAUCAGCCCACUGCUCAGAGGGCAGCCAGGCUCGUCAGAAUAGACUAUGAGGAUGUGGACACUCCCAUUAUCACGAUCCAAGAUGCCAUCGAAAAGAAAUCAUGGUGGAAUAAGUGGACCAUGAAGACGGGCGAUGCAGAGGCCGCCCUUAAGGUCGCGGUAAACACACUUGAAGGGGAGACUCACAUUAGUGGCCAAGAACAUUUCUACAUGGAAACUAAUGCCCACAUCGCCAUACCCAAGGGUGAGGAUGGAGAAAUGGAAAUUAUUUCAACUACUCAGAACCCCAGUGACACCCAGGUAAUGGUGGCUAAGGCGCUGGGCGUGGCGUACAACAAAGUGGUGUGUCGCAUCAAGAGGCUUGGCGGUGGAUUUGGCGGGAAAGAAACACGUUCAGCCGACGUCUCUGUUCCUCUCUGCGUCGCUGCAAGUAUCAUAGGUCGUCCCAUACGUAUGAUGCUGGACCGUCACGAGGACAUGGUGAUCACCGGCGGCCGCCAUCCCUUCCUGUGCCGCUGGCGUGUUGGCUUCACGGACCAAGGAGUCAUCACGGCAGCCGACCUACAUUUUUACGCUAACUGUGGCAAUACCAUAGACCUGUCCAUUGGUGUGGUGCAUCGCUCCCUCUACAGCACCAGCAACGCGUACAACUGGCCGAAUCUGAGUACAACUGGGUACGCCUGCAAGACCAACCUUCCUUCGAAUACGGCGUUCCGCGGUUUUGGGGCACCGCAAGGCAUGUUCUGCAGCGAGGACAUAAUGGAACACGUGGCGCAAUACCUCCAUCUGGACCCUAGAGUGGUGCGAGAGAGAAACUUCUACAAGACAGGAGACACUACCCACUUCGGCCAGGUGAUUGAGAGGUGCACAUUGAGCCGAUGCUGGAAGGACGUUCUUGACCAGUCUGAUUACAGCACCCUUCGCGCCAACGUACAGAAAUUCAACAGUGAACACACGUACAGAAAGAGAGGAGUAUCAGUAGUCCCUGUCAUGUUCUCCAUUGCCUUCACACUGCCGUGGCUCAACCAGGCCGGGGCACUGGUACUGGUCUAUAGGGACGGCUCUGUCCUCCUCUCCCACGGCGGCACCGAGAUGGGUCAAGGCCUCCACACCAAGAUGAUACAGGUAGCCUCUAGAACCCUUGACAUCCCCACUGAACUCAUCCACAUCUCCGAGACGGCGACGGACAAGGUGCCCAACACUAGCCCAACUGCAGCGUCGGUCUCCUCAGAUAUCAAUGGCAUGGCGGUGCUGGAAGCCUGCGAAAAGAUCAAGGAGAGGCUGAAGCCUGUCAUCGCCAAAGAUCCCAAAGCUGGCUGGAAGUCCUGGGUGGAAGAGGCUUACCUGCAGAGUAUCUCACUCUCUGCCACGGGCUAUUACUGCACGCCGGGUAUUAAGGCGUACAAUUUUGAGACCCACGAGUCAGCCAAGUUCAACUACUUCUCUUAUGGAGCAGCCGUGAGUGAGGUAGAGGUAGACUGCCUGACGGGAGACCAUUCGGUGCUGCAGACUGACAUUGUGAUGGACGUGGGUGACUCCCUCAACCCGGCCAUCGAUGUGGGUCAGGUGGAGGGCGCCUUCAUGCAGGGCUUAGGUCUCUUCACCUUGGAGGAACUACGCUACUCUCCUUCCGGCGUCCUCCUCACGCGUGGCCCUGGAGCUUACAAGAUCCCAGGUUUCCAGAGUAUCCCUCAAAAACUGAGCGUGUCUCUCCUCCGCGACGCUCCCAAUCCACGGGCCGUCUUCUCCUCCAAGGCUGUAGGGGAGCCGCCACUCUUCUUGGCUGCUUCGGUUUUCUUCGCAAUCAGGAACGCCGUGGAAGCUGCAAGGAAGGAUCAUGGUCUUGAAAACAUCUUCCGUUUCGACUCUCCAGCCACUGCUGAACACAUUAGAAUGGCGUGUCAAGACUUCCUCACAGAGAAGAUUGAGCCUGCUGUUUCGAAAGGUGAGAAGCCCUGGUCGGUGACUGUGUAGCUGCUAACUCGGGCGAACAUGCUUACCUCGCCCAGGGAAUGGAAACAAUACGUUCUUACUUAAUUAGAUGAAAAUGUUCAAUAAAUUCGUCACCCUAACUUCAAUUGUAGGUAAAUUGAUGGAGUCAGUAAUAGCGAGGAACAUUAGGAAGCAUCUACAGAAACACUACUUGGUUAAUCAGUGACAGCAUGGGUUUACGAAAAGAAAGUCUUGCCUUACAAACUUGUUGAGUUUUCAUAGCAAAGUUUACUAGAUAGUCAUGACAUUCUAUACCUGGAUUUUAGUAAAGAGUUUGAAAAGGUAUCACAUUAGAUGCUGCUGAGAAAGUUUAGGGCGCAUGGGAUAGAGGGAAAAGUUUUAGGCUGGAUAAGGUCGUGACUAGCCGAUAUGUAACAGAGUUGUUAUAAACGAUUCUAAUUCCACAGGGAUCAGAGUUUUAGGGCAUGGUUAUUUUUAGUAUAUAAUAUUAAUGACUUAGAUAGUGGAAUUAGUAGUGAUAUUAGUGAAUUUGUGGAUGACACGAAGAUUGGCAGAUUAAUUAGGUACAUUAAUUAGGGUGAAUUCAUUCGGAUGCCAUCAUCUUGCAGGCAAAUGUGGAUAGGUUGAACGCAACUGCAGUUAAUCAAUAAUAAAUUCAAAGUACUUAGCGUAGGUAGAGGAAAUCCACACGAUAAUGUAAACAAUAAACAACGAAGCCGUAGUAGGUUCAGGAUAAGGAAAAGAUGGGAGUUAUGGUUAGCUUCGAUCUUGGCUUAAGAAAGCAAUACAUAGAGGUUAAAAAUAAGGCAAAUAGAGUACUAGGAUUGAUUUUUAGGAGAAUCAAAAUCAAAAGACCUGAAGUAAUAUUCUAGUUAUAUUUGGCGUAGGUCAGACCUCAUCUAAAUUAUGAAUGUACAUCUCUGGCCCCCAUAUUAUAGGAAUGAUAUAGGCCUAGUAGAAUUAGUGCAAAGAAGAAUGACUAAAAGGAUACAGUAAUAGCUAACAAAGUGCACGUUGCCUCUGGCUUGGUGAUGCGAGGUGUAAUACUUGAAUGACUAACACAACUUGAGUUUUAAGAUUCUAUAGUGCCAUAUAGUUUUAAGGUAAUGUAAUACACAAGCAAAAGUGGCAAUGAAGAAAUGUAUUCAUACAAUCAUUUAGCUGGCAUUCAUAUUGUCUUCGGGUGCAUUUGUUUCUGUUUCACCAUUGAUAGCGUUGUUAUUGUUAUUGGUGGUGGCGGUGGUGGCGGUGGUACUCGUAUAAAUAAUAAUGAUAAUAAUAAUAAUGAUGAUAAUUAUGAUAGUAAAAAUGAUGAUGAUAAUAAUAAUAA